AUGAUUCAAAAGCUGUUAACCAGACCCUCAAACACUACGACUUCCCUCCCAGGGCUGGGAAGCCUUCUCCUAGGUUAUUUCAUUACACCUAAAGCCGAUGGCGGUGCGCACGACACCAGCCCGUUGGCUGAAGCAUGGGGGUUAAAGACCGGCGUCUACACGCCGCAGCAGCUGGUCGAAGGCUUUGCACCUCUGCUAGAUACUGUGGUCUAUCGCCUGGGUAAAGACCCUCCCGAUUCUAAACCCGCUCGUGUCCGGCUCCUUGACAACCUCGCCGCCAACCUUGCCACCGACACGCGCGAGGCCACGCUCCGUCUUUCUGAGCCCUUGGACCCGUCACGGUGGGAAAUGCUUGAGCAGGCCAAGCGUAUUGGCGAGUCCCUUGUGCAGUGGGCCCGCGAAUCCAGUGCCAAAUCAUUCGAUCCAGACAUGUAUUUGCGCAGUCCCUGCGAGGGCCACUUGCUUAUCCCGCCAAAUGUGGACCUGAUGUUUGGCUAUCGGAGCCAACCGCAUCUUAUGCAGCUGUUUAAUGAAUAUAUGCAUCAGAUGGUUCUCCUUCGCGAUGCACUUUUGCCAUUCAAAAACUAUCAGGAUGUUCUGAUCCCGCUCGAUGGCAAGGCUGCGCGAGGCAUUCGCCAUCUGGAGCAGGCACGGGCCCAAUUUCUUGCAGAGCUGAUGACGAAGCACACCACACAAUCGGCUAUUAUCAAAUAUGCAAAGGCUUUGCUGGCGCCCGGUCUGCUUCGCACGUCUACUGUCGGAUACGGCUUCCAGUACCCUCAGGGUUCCGUCCUGCCUGCGUUCCUCUCAGGCGGCCCAACCCCACUGCACCUUUUGCAGUACGUUCCGGUCAAGUUUGACGAGACUUCCAGCGAAGUUCUCUUCGAUUAUCAAUUCCAGGAUUACUACUCCGCACCUCACCUCGAGAUUCCUUCCGGCGUUGCGACUGCCGAGUUAGAUCAACAAAAUCUCUCAGCGGCGCAGCUCACAGAGAUCUCUCGGGUUCACAGCUCCAGUGUCGGCCUUGUUCCGUCUUCACAUGCGCAGUCCAUUCGCCAGCUCCAACUGCGACUUGGAUUUGAUGAUGGUAAGCGUACCGUUGUGGACCUUGGCCAGAUUGCCCGUGGCCAUCGCUACUCUUACAUGGCAUUGGAAUCUUCCGCCGCCGACCCAGUCGGUGGCCAUGGGAGCUCCGAGAGAGAUCUGAAUGACACCUCUACGCAGCUCAAAUCGACAGUAGUGCAUGACGCGGCGGCUGUGCUCGAGAAAUCUGAAAAAGGUCUUCUCACAGCCAAGGCUGGCGGCAUUCAUGUCAUUCCUACCGUCGAUCCCAUUGUCAGUCUGGCCUUAUUGGGGAAAUUAUAUCCGGAAAAUGUCAUCCUUCUACCUCAAGACGAGGGCUUGAAUCUUGCUCAACGCGCUGGAAAGGGCUUCGAACCCAAAUUCGUAAUAUGGGGUGGUGUGAAGUGGGGCGGGUUGAAAGGGGUGUUUUGA